CAUGUUGAAACUGUUGGACAUCUUUUGAAGUCACUUUAAUCAUUUACUCAUCUCUACUUUAGUAUAGAUUACUAGGUCUCUUAUUGCUUCGGAAGUCUCGGAAUAUAGCAAGACAGAUGUAGCGAACGCUAGCUAGCAAGAUUGUCGAGUGAGCUGGCUUCAUAACUCAGCACAGAUAAUUCUGUGUGUGUGCAGCAUAUUAAAAGGUUCAGAAACGUUCUUGCCGUGACGCUCUUUGCGUGCUAGAAAAGAAACCUAGGAAUGAGUAUCCGGGCAUUGUGGAUAAUAACUCAAGAGAAGGGGCAAUCUGGAACAGUGCGCUUUUCAAAACGGUACCCCACAGUUGAGCGUCGUGCCAAAUCUCUGGCGGGGCCUCAGUAUGUGGCUGUCCCAGAGGACUGUAACAUUCUGCACCCUCUCAUGACAGAACUGGGCCUCACCGAUCCCGACAAGCCCUUUGUGGUGACCCGGGAUGACUGUGCCCGUCCCCAGCGCUCCCCGGCCCUGGAGCUGCGUCUGGAGGGCCGGGGCGGGGGGGUCCUGUGGCCCUUGCUGGCCAUCGCUCAGGGAGGGCUGAUCCUGGCCUGUCUGCCCCUGGUGGACGCCCCCCCCGAGCCACGGCCCCCCCUCCCCAGCCUGGCCUCCGUGUCCCAGGGCCUGUCCCUGCUGGCAGGGCUUCAGAACUGCCUGUGUGGCGCCGGGGGCAAGCCAGAGGGGGAGGCACUGGCAUCCCGCCUUGCCCUCCUGCCCUCCAUCCUGCUGCAGGUCUGCCCCCUUGGCACCCCGCUGGACUCCCCCCAGAUGGGCGCACCCCACCCCAACACCAACCACAGCCCGGCAGGGGCGCAGAAGCAGCCGGCGUGGAAGGCGGGCGUGCACCGGGGGCGGGCAGUGGUAAACGUGGCGCUGAGCGAGAUGGUGCGCUCCAUGCAGUACGGCAGCCGCAGCAAGCAGGACCUGUGGGAUGUCCACGGGAGCGUCACCUGCAAGUGCGAGGUGGAGGGGGUCCUGCCCAAUGUGACAGUGACUCUCACACUGCCGCCCAACGGCUCGCCGCUGCAGGACAUCCUGGUCCACCCCUGCGUGACCUCGCUGGACGCCAGCAUCCUGACUGCCAGCAGCGUGGAUGACAACGAUGGCUCCGCCUUCUCUGGGCCCUACAAAUUCCCCUUCUCACCCCCGCUGGAGUCCUUCCGCCUCUGCAGUUACACCUCACAGGUGCCAGUGCCUCCUAUCUUGGGGUCCUACCAGCUGAAAGAGGAGCAGGGCCAGCUCAGAGUGAACGUGAGCCUGAAACUCCAUGAGAGUGUGAAGAACAGCUUUGAGUACUGUGAGGCGCACCUGCCCUUCUUCAACAGGGGCCAGGUGGUCAGUGUGGAUGUGAAGGUGAGCUCUGGCCAGCUGGAGGUGUCCAAGGAGAAGGGCCUGCUGGUUUGGGUGCUGGGUCAGAAGUUUCCCAGAUGUCGGGAGGUGACACUAGCAGGCACUGUGAGUUUUUCAGCACAGUCAUCAGGCCCGACUGACCCCCUUUGCACAGGUCUGACUGCCUACAUAAAAAUGUAUUUCCGAGUGCUGGACCUGACUCUGUCUGGAUGCUGUGUGGAUCAGCACUCUGUGCAGGUGUACUCCACAGCAAAGCCUCGCAUCACCUCCUCCCGCGAGCUGGUGUCCUCCGAGUACUACAUUUGGAAUUCCACUGGGGACGCGCCCGUUUCCUCAGGACUCUUGAUGGUGUAGCACAGCAGGGAGGAUGCUGAAGUGCUGGGACAGAGACAGAGGGGUGCUGCCCUGCCGGUGGAGAGACUGAGGAGGCAGCAUUUAGAGUGCUGUGGCUCCACCCCUGCCUGGACUCCCUCCAGGGGUGUCCGAUUGCAUCAACCAACAGACCAUCCUCAGGGACAUCAGUGACUUGUGCACGUGUGUUUUACGGGUUUAAAGUUUAGUGACGGGUGGAGUGCCAAGGCAAAAUGAAGUGAGCUGAAUUUUCAGAUGAGUAAGCAGUUUGCCUGCCCCUAGAGUUACAAAAUGGUUUCUAUGGGGUUCUUAUAUAGGUAACUGCCUUUUAUUCAAGUGUGAGCUUAUUUUCUCCUCAGGGCCACAGGAUGCCCUUAGUCUGAGACCUAAGGGCAAAAAAUUGCUUGACUUUGGUCCAGCAGA